UUUUUUAGGGGCCGUAUCGGACUUUGGAUCGGGCAUUUCAAAUUCUUCUCUUUUGGCUCUUCCUUUCUCACAACUGCCGAUAUUUUUCGACGAUUUCCUUCUUCUUCUUUCACGAUAUAUAAAGGCUUUCUGGGGGGAUAUACCACUUUUGCUUGUCCUUCUUUUUGGUCACCGGAUUUCUACCCCGGCUUUCUCAUACGCCACACAUUAACCUCAACCAACCAACUCACUCAUCUCAUCCCACCCCAUUCAUUUCAUCUCUCCCUAAUCUCAUUCCUGCCUUUCUGAAUAUACCCCUCUUUCAUUAUCCAAACGAAAAGGCAAACAUGCCUCCUCGCAAAUCUGACGUUCGGCCAUUGACUCCUGUUGCCGCUGAGGAGGCGUCUCCCCCAGCAAAAGCUCCUCAGGCACAGGAUAAGCAAGAUAAACAGGAGAAGAAGGACAAGGAUAAGGACAAGGGCAAAGGAGGAGAAGACCCAGUAACCAUAGAGGACUUGAAUCUUCCAAAAUCCAUCAUCACAAGGUUGGCAAAGGGGAUUCUGCCCCCGAAUACACAGAUUCAAGGCAACGCAAUCCUGGCGCUGAGCAAGAGCGCCACCGUCUUUAUUAGCUAUCUAGCUUCACACGCCAACGAAAACACCGUCGCUGCAGGCAAAAAGACCAUUCUUCCAGCUGAUGUCUUCAAAGCAUUGGAUGACACUGAGUUUUCAUUCUUGAAAGAGCCUCUUGAGGCUGAAUUUGCCAAAUUCAACGCCAUACAAACUGAAAAACGCACCUCUUACCGCCAAAAAGUCCGCGCUUCCGCUCCCAAGCACGGCCCUGGCGACGACACCGACAUGGCCGACACAACCAUUGCCUCAGAAGCCUCCGCCUCGUCCGGCCCGCGUGCUAAAAAGGCCCGCGUCGACCCUUCUGCCGGUGACGACGAGGAAGUCGAUGCCAUUGUCAACGAGGACGAUGAUGUCGACGACGAUGAUGAUGAUGAGAAUGAGGGUGAUGAAGACGCUCAGGAUGAGGAAGAUGAUGAAGAGGCUGCUGAUGAAGACGAUGAGGAAGAUGGUGGAGAGGGCGAGGCUAGUGGUGAUGAGACGCAGGAUGCGUUGGAGGAGAGGAGGAGUAGAGAGGAGGCGGAUGAGGCGCUGGAAGGCGAUGAGAGCGAUUAAGUACGUAGAUGGCGUGUAUUCGAGCAAAAGGAUGGAGUUGUGAUGAAGCUAUUCUUUUCUUUUCUUUUGGUCCCUAAAACGAUAAUAUCUGGACCGUGAUACGUACACCAAACUCUGUUGGAAUGGGUACUGUAGGCCCUGAGAUCUCCGAUUCGAACAAGGCAGAAUAACGAACGUCACGUCACGUCUUGCUUCAAAUAUCAGUCACGCGGACUUAGAAGCCUUCAGCCAAGACAAAAACUCAAUCAAGCCAUUCAUAUUUAUUCCAUCAACAGAGCUGAAUCAGUAACAUUCUACGCAACA